AGAAAAGUCAAAGUAAUGGAUAACAGAAAAGAGCCUCCAUUCUUCAAUGAAGAUAAUGUGGGACCGUUUUACUACAAACUUCCUUUCUAUGAUACCAUGGAGCUCUUCAUUGAAACAUUAACUGGAACAUGUUUUGAGCUGAGAGUUUCUCCCUUUGAAGCUGUUAUUUCUGUGAAAGCAAAAAUUCAAAGAUUGGAAGGUAUUCCCGUCUGUCAGCAGCACUUAAUUUGGAAUAACAUGGAACUUGAAGAUGAUUAUUGCUUGAAUGAUUACAACAUUUCAGAAGGUUGUACCUUGAAGCUGGUAUUGACUAUGCGUGGUGGACCUAUAAAUACUAGACGAGUUCCUAUGGAAAACCCACUUAGGGAGAUGGCUGAGUACCUGGAUUCCAGUCGAGAUGAGGUCUGGGAGAAGAACUCCUGCAACAAACAAAUAACAUUUUUGGUAUAUCGAGAAGGAGAUCAGUUGAAUUUCUUUUGUGUAGUAGAUAGGGGAGAUGGCACUUUAACACCAUUAUGUGAAUCUUUAAGGUAAAUUGGUUUUCAUUUGCAUAUUUCAAGUAGUUACUGUUUUCUUUGCAGUGGUGGUUCUGUGUAUAAUUUAUAUACGGAUGAGGAUGAAGAAAUUGAGCCUUCUCCUUCUGGACAACAGAUAAUUGAAAAUUCAAUAACUAUGAAUAAGAUGAAGCUACUGAAGGCUAAGAUGGGGAGCAUGAAUCUCAGCAAAAAGCCUAAGAAAGCUGUCAAAGUAAAACCUCGCCCACCUGUUGCUCCUCGACCAUCUAGUGGUUCCACGGCAACAGCCCGUCACAGAUUGUUAAGGGUCCUCCCCCACAUUGGGCAAUCUUGUUUACCUUCUCCUGGGAAUACGUAUCUACCUGACACAUCCAGGAGUGCGGUUUCAACGUUGGCAACUCAGCCCCCUGCCGACAGACCCGUAUCAUCUAUCGCUAGCGAAUUUCUUAAGGAAGAUGAUAACUGGAAGAGUAACACACUGUCUCAUUCCAAUGGUAGCAUCGAGCUACCACCGCACAGACCCCAUGUGGAGUUUGAAAAUGACAAGGAGCUUGCUGAUUCUGUUCUCCGUCUUGGAUCAUCCCUGACUAGGCGGACAAAACACUUUUCAGGAAACUUGACAUCUAAUAACGAGGAUGACACGGUCUCAUUUCCAACUUCAGAAGAGUGUGUAACUGAAGAAUCACUUCUACCUGAAGUGGGUUCAUGUACUUCAUUUACAGAAAGAAAUGCUGAAGAACAGAGCAGUGGCAUACAGAAGGUAAAUUCAGAGUUCUUACUCGCUAACGGUGAUAAAGGGUUGAAAGCUACAGAGCAGCAUCUUAAACAUGUUUCAAGAAUGUUGAGCAGUGAAUCAGUAGAGAAUACUGUUCUUAACAGCCGUGAAUUAAGUCCUCACAAGAAUAGACUCUUGUCACCUCUUCACUGUGCUGCAUCAAUGUCACUACAUAAUUCUCUAGUCAAACCACAAAGACAGUCCAAAUGUUUUGAGUCUGGGAGCCUCCAGUCUUCUGCUUCACAAAAUGUGCUCCGGUCCAUGGAUGUUCGAAACAUAACUGAUUCUUCUUUCUCUAGGACUACUCGCUUUCGAGGUGUUAAAGUUGAUUCACCUGGGAAAAGAUCUGAUAUCAUUUCCAAAGUUGAGGCUCGAGAUAUCACAGAAAUGGCUAAUAAGGCUUCCAGAGAGCCUGUUAGUUGUGUAAAUAACAUUGGUUUUCUUGCUUCGCGGGCCCAGAGUGCAAGCAGAGAGAGUUCACAGAGCACACGUGGGGCAGGCAGGCUUCGGACUUCUGGAAUUGGGCUGUCUACGAACCUCCAGCAUUUUCAGGAAGAAAGGCUUAGGAAAAGUUCUCCCCAACUGGAACCUACGCAAUUUUUUCUAUCUGCCCGUGGUAUUGGAGUGAGUGGAAGUCAUGCAGCAGCAGGGAAAAGAGUAGGAGAAUGUACUCAUCACCUCCCACCUGUGAAAGCCCCUCUUCAAACAAAGAAGAGAACAAAAAAGCAUUGUUUUCUUUGUGGAAAGAAAACAGGACUGGCUACUAGCUACGAAUGCAGAUGUGGAAAGAACUUCUGUGCAUCUCAUCGCUAUGCAGAAACUCACGGCUGCACCUAUGAUUACAAGAGUGCAGGGAGGAGAUACUUGCAGGAGGCAAAUCCUGUGAUUAAUGCACCAAAACUUCCAAAAAUCUAACUCUUCCUCUGCGUCUUACUGUUCUGCCUGAGGAAUCGUAUUAUAACGGAAGAAGAAAUAUUGCAUUAUUUUUGUUCGACUCCAAAA